AUGGAGCACUUCCGUGCGUUCAUCCGCUUCCAGGAGCACUGUAUCCAGGUCUCCGGCAAUCCGAUACGCACAACAGCUGUCGUAGCCAUGCAACGCAACCGCCUAGAUGACAAGAGCGAGGCCGACUUCAACGAGCUCCGCAUCCUGUGCGAUCUCUUCCUCGACAAGCACGAAGAGAUCAUGAAAGGAGUUUACGAGUACCUUCGUCGCGCCUACAACAUCCCUCUUGCGGAGUACAGGCGCUUCAUCCUGCGCGAGGUCAAGAAACAGAAGCAGGCCGCCGCGGGUAGUACUAGCAGCGCUGGUUCGUCGGCCAGUUCCGCCGAUUCUGGCGUCAGUGAUGUCGAUCAUGAUACUAGUUCUGAGGCUGCCCCGAGCAGCAAGCUUGGCCAGGCUGAUAUUGGUAUGCUUGCGGCUUCCAUGGGUCUCUUCCCUUCUUUCCAGGGCUAUGUCUUGAAGCGCGGUGGCUGA